AUGUCUUUCGGCAGUGUACGGAGUGUUAUUUGUACGCUACUGGUUUUAGCGGGGCUGUGGAUUUUAUUCUUAGUAGCUGCUCAUCUUAUUUUGGACAUAGAGCAGGGAAGAAAGUACUUUGAAGGUCUUAAGCUCGUGAAGUUUGGCGGAGGAGAAAAUAAAAGAGAGUCUUUACGAUUACAAGAAGAGCUUUACUUGGAAAAGAUUGAAGGUCAGUAAAGAUGUUUUACAGAUCGCCAGCGCAGUAGUCUUAUCAGUUGACUGCGGUUUCAAUAUUCUGUCAAUGACAAAAUUCAGUUAAUUUCUACCUAAAGGACAAUAUUAAAACUCGCGGUGAAGAAAAAGCAAACUCCCAAGAAAGUUUAAUUCGAGAAUGAGAACCUACACUUACUUUACCCCAGUCUUCCUGAAAGUUCAUCGCUUCGCUUUAUCUCCUUUCGCGUCGAACUCAGGUAGAAGAGUAGUUUUCAAUGGUUGUACCAAACAAGAGUUCUCUGAGUUUAGAUGGUACAACUGAGAAUUGAAUGCUAUGUCCGCAUUAUACCGGAUAUAUAGCUUUGCGCCCUCACGAAAACUAUACCAGAUAGAGCUUUUGCUCACACAUAAGAACGGUGAUCUCGGCUCGAUUUCUGUAACGAAGCGAAGCUGCUCUGACCUUGGGAUCGUCUCAUAUCGGAUAGGUUUGUGCCACUCUUCGCCGCAGUGUGAACAGGUCAAUCGGACCGUAGCGGAAGUAACUAGAGCGGCAAAACAGCAAUAGGUUUAAUUAGCAAGACAACAACUUUGCACGUGCAUCACACUUUUUUGUACAUUUCUUUGCCGUCACUGCACGACUACGAGGUCAAAAUGCCUAAUUUCACGUUUUAUGGAGAACGUAAACAAGGAACGACGAAUUUUUCUUUCUCUUUCUAAACUUGAGUCCGGUCGCCAAGAAAUCAACUCCAGGGAAACUCGCCCACAUUUCACAUUUUCAGUGAACUGGAAUUAACGCGAAAAAGUUCGAAAAGGCGCGAAGUUAUCAUUUUAAAAGUGACGUUUUCGCUGCCGUCGCCGUCGUCGAUGCUAAAGCUCCCUAAUGAGAAGCUGCGACGACUGGAACCCAGUGAGACGAAGUAAAUAUUCAGGAGUGGGGACUGGGAUUUAGAGCACCGAACCCAAACAUUUGUCGGUUGCUUCAGCAAAUAUUUAACUGUCCUAAGCUGUUCCUCAGUAGGAUGCUUAAAAUACGUGCAAUUCCACUGUUGAGAUUUGCUCCGUUAAAACCUUUUCUAAUCGCAGAUCAUUUUAGAAUGAGCCACCCACAAUGUGAGCACAGCUUAUACUGACAGAAUAUGUUACCAUAAGCGAGUUAAAAUAUUCUUUCAAAUGCACAACAGGUGAGGACGAAGUGGAUUGUGAAAUACCAGAAGAUAAAUCCUAUCCGGACUGCGAAAACAGAGUGGAGGUAAGUAGGUUUUAAGGAUACAAAUGUACCAGCAAACGAUUACUUUGAGGCAUCGCUUCAGCUUAACGUUUUACAUGUAAUUUUUUUUUUCUUUGUCAACAAACUAACGAUUAGUUUGACGUUUUUACUUUAAGCUGCUAAGAAACAAUUGGCAAAAGAACCCAUGUUACAUGGAAUAUGGCGUAGACGGUAGGACUUGCUCCCUGGUUAUAUAUCUCAGCGAGGUAAGUCUUCUUUAACUGCAAGCGGUUACGACUGCUUCUGUCUCAGGGCCUUGUCACAAAAGUUAUUGUCUUUUAACUCUUAUUUUUUCUUAUAUUUACUUUUAUUUUUUUCCUAGGUGGAGUCGUGGUGUCCACGGUUAACUUGGCGAAAAUACAUGAAAAAGAAAGAACGAAGAAGACAAAAGGUAAACUUCACUUGCAAAUGAUCCUCAUGUGUUCAUUCUCAGAGUUCUAGCCGUUAUAGCCUUCAUGUUUAUGUAUGAAAAAUUUCGUUUUUUGUCUUAGGCAGUACUACAGAAUAACUCUGAUAAACUGCUCUCCAAGUUAAACUCAAUACCUGGAUCUCAGCCAAUCAGAUCGCGGAUAUCAAGCAUGUGGUCUUACUGGCAAGACAGCCUCCAUUUCAUGCGGAGCAAAGACAAUAUUGACAUGCGCAGUGAGAAGAAGGUACAUUGUAACUCUCAUUGAUAACACUGGUUACUGGAUGUGAAUCCAUUUAUACGAUCUGUUUUAGACGCUUAGCUGCAAAUUGGUAGCUAAGGGGAAAUAAGGAACCUGCGUUACCGUCCCAAAAGAGAUAACGAUUUAGUUUCUGGAGAAUAUUGAACAUCAUCGCAGUAUAAUAGGCGUUGAAAUACGUGAGGCUCAUCCUUGCUUGCGCAGGCUUAUUGUGAAUAUUCAAAGCACUAUCGAAUAUCCAUGUAAGACCACCUCUGAGAACCGACCACCCCGGAUAACCAACCACCUAUACAAGACACCAAAAUUUUCUCUGUCAAACCCCUAUAGUAAGAAUCUCUCGUAAGUGACUGCGACCAAUUUUGGGGUUGACACUUGGUCUGAUCUGUAUGUUUGCUGUAUAUACUAUGCUACUUAGAGUAUGUGAAAAUCUUGCAAAAAGUAGAUUUGUCCAAACCUCUUCUCUUAAGACACUCCCUGUGGUUCAGUUCUCGUAAGCCACCACUUUUUGAUCUUCGCAUUUGGCGUCGUCGCUUACGGAAAGUUCAACUGCACUGUAUUUAUUUCAGAUUUUGCUAUUUAUUGGCCUGCUAAUGGACGCUCCUAAAAACCAAACUAAGCUGACAGAUGAGCUGCUCCAAUGGAGUGAUCUUCUUGCCUCUCUUUAUGUUCUUGGACAUGACGUCAAUGUUAAGACCGACCGUGUGGAAUUACUCAGGUACAUAUAAAUUCCAACUAUCAACCCAGUCUGGCGACAUACUCUUAGCUACUCUUAACGAGGUGUGGGCAGUCCACCUGAUACAAUGCUUUCCUUCAUAUUGACUUAAAAUCAGGCAAGUCGGCUAACUAAUGAAAGACAGAAUCCCAACUGAGAUACCUACUUUUCAUUCCUUCCUUCUAGCCAGGCGUCUCAGGAAAGGGGAGGGGGUUGUCAUACUAUUAAGGGGGAUAAAAUUUGCAAAUAUUUAUCGGCGACAUGAGUGUUUUUGUUGCAACCGACGCUAGAUGUUCAGAUUUUUUAUUAUAUUCGGUAGCCAGCGCAUGCGCAGUGAUUACAAACAUCAAGGCCAGUACAUGAAAGAAACGUCGGAUUUUGAUUCGUGGCAUCCUCGAGACCAGACGAAACGGAGGCGCCCGGAAGAAGAAUGAAAAGGAGGUUGAUUAUACUGCUGAGCAGUAUUUGCUAGUCUAGUGCCAAAUAAAAUAAAAACUUUCCGACUGUUUUUGCAGUUUAUUGACAGAGGGUAGUCAGUUUGCUCACCGCGGCUGUGAGAAAGGAGAUUCUGGAUUUGAUCUGGUGUACAUUGACCUGCCAGGACUUCAACAGCUAGUGACCUCAGCACCAGACCCAGGAACACUGUCUCUUGUGUGGUCUAAGUAUAGGUAAGAACUGAAAGUCACAUCAUCUCCGCUGUUAUAUGUUCAUGUUGUUAAGGCGCACCGGUCUGCUACCGGCCAGCCUCAGAGUCUGCCACACUCGCGAGAUCCAACAAGAGCGACUUCUCCAUCCAUACCUCCCAAGGCCGUGGUAACAUAGAUGUGCGUAUGCGUACUUACUAGUAAGCAUACGCUGGAUGCUAUGGCCAAUGCAUGGCCUUGCGCAUGCAUAUUGGCCAAAGAAGUAGCUUAAUUUUUUCAAGGUCAAUAGUGGUGGACAAAGAGUGCGUGUGUGAACGUCACCACUCUCGGGUAUUCAUUGACGAGUAUUGAUUUCUUAAGAAAAUGACGGACUACUUUUAGUCUAGAUAUGGUUCGCCUUCUGUGAAAUAUGAUUAACGACCGCAUGAUUGUUUAUUAACUUUUUAGCUGUCGUCUUCGUGUUCUGGCCCCGUUUGGAAUGGACGCCGAGUUUAACUGCAGAGAUUACACAGGACCAAUCAUGGGCGAGCGAUCUCACCAAGGGAACUGGAAUCUAAACCUCAAACAGUUUCUUACCAAAUAUCGUGAGUUGGGAUCAAUAGGCCAUUUCCAAGUUCCAAAAAAUCUCACUUUCAAAACGAGGCUAAGUGCGAAACCUUUGUUGUGAAAAUGAGUUUUAUUUGCAUCAUAAUUAAAAAUCAUUUUCAUAUUAAUGGCUUCGCGCUUAGCCUCGCUUUGAAAGUGAGAUUUUUUUUGGAACUCGGAAAUGGCCUAUUUAGGUUUCUGGGAAACUGCCCACCUACCUCUCCCCUAAGCCAUCAUUUUGCCCUAAGUGAGAAGUAAGUGUUGAUGUUAGCUUAGAGGAGGGGUAGGUGGGCAGUCUCCCAGAAACCUAAAUUGAUCCGUGAGUUGCACUAUGAGGUGUUCUUCCUUGCUUUUACCCGGUGCCCCUCGUGUCGUGGGAAGCAUGCACGUUCCAUGACAGCCUGGGCUUCCUGUUUUUCUGGCCAUAGAGGCAUCUGGGAAAGAGUGACACCUGCCUCACCGUAACAUUGUCUCGCUUCCUAUUUGCUUUUAUUUCUGCUCCCAAAAUUAACACAAGAAAAGUUUGUUCUCUAAGUUAGAUAGUGGACGUUCAAAUAACCAGAAAAAGAAUCAAAACUUAUCGCGUUCUUCUGCGCCCGUCGAAGUUUGAUGUUUUAUUGAGUUUUCUAACACUUCUUAUUGGCACUUUAUUUAUCUUUAAACUCUACUAGCGUUAUCGGUAGACAACUCUUUCCUUGGAUUUGCUGUGAAACAUCCACAAAAUGAGACUGUACCAAAGAAAACAUCAAUGGCUUUUGCUGUUGGAGGCGUAAAGCAAUUCAGUGUAAGUAACAAAGGGGUUUGUUUAGCCUUUUAAGUCCCGAGAGUGAUCAGCAUCAAAUUUCUCCCAACAAUAUCAGUUACAACAUCAAGAGAAAAGAUUAUGAGAAUCAAUAAAGGGAAAAUGCUUGGAUGAAAAGUGCUUUGAUAUUUCACUACGCCAAAAGCCAUGAGUGUAAUACCCAGCUGAAACUUGAUUUUACUUACAUCUUUCAAGUUAUGUCGAAGUCUCAGUUUGUUGAAAAAAGGCUGAUAUACAUCCUGGACUUGGUUUUCUUAUUCGUGAACUCCUAGUUUUCUUUUACCUCCGUUGAAUUUUAUUUUUAUUUUUCAAAAAUUUUUUCAUGACCGCUUAAGAAAUAUUAUGCACUUAUCAAAAACGUAGUUAAUGUUUCAUUCUACUGUUCUCCCUAGGCUCACAAGCAUUUCUUAAGAGCGAUUUACAAAUACAUCAGAAUACACGCUGCCGUGGUAAGUGGAUAAACCAUCCUCUUUUUAUUUCUUAUCUUCUGGAAUCGACACUUAAGUCUUCAUUCAAGGUCAAAGAGAGAUCAAGAGGUUUCCUUUCGUUACCUCGUCUUCUCUCCCUUAUUGCCUUAGAUAGAUAGAUAGAUAGAUAGAUAGAUAGAUAGUUUAUUUAUUAAAACUGCAUCGCAGCCAAAGGCUGAAUUACGCAAUUAUUUACAAAAACUUUACAAUACUUGAAAAUUACAAAUGAAUCCUAGAUAAUAAGUCAAAAACUGAUUUUUAAGAUAAUAUUAAAAAUUCUAUAUAAUACAUUCAUAUUAAAAUAUGUUAAAAUAUAAAACAUGAAUAUGUGGAAUCCCGUGAGAAUCUGCUUGCAAUGCAAGUCUUCUUUGUUUAGUCCGCAGAGGAAGGGAAAAUGGAUCUGCCGUUUAUAAUCAACCAUGGCAAUAUAAACUCCACCGCUAAAGGUCAACUGCUUCAAAGGUCCAAGGUAAAACUCAUCUCGUACCCAGAUCUCACUCUGUCUUGGCCGUGGGAGAACUUGGUACAAGACUGAGGAAAAAAGGGGUUCGAUAUGAAACGACAACAAUUCUUCCACCUUCAUGUUCGAAGAAAAUUCAAGCUCUUACUGGCAACACGUUGAAAAUUCCAUUUCGUGCUUUAAGGGUGUUGAAACUUGAAGAUCGUUCUAACAAUAUGUUUAAAAUUCAAGAUCUUCCGGCCGCAAGAUUAUGAUAAUUCGAGAUCUUCUUACUACAUGGCACGAAAUUCAACCUUGUUCAACUUAGUUAAACCCAUCCAGCCGCAGUCACUCUCACAGAUCUCAUCCGUAUUCAUUCGUAAUGCUAAUUGAUCUUAUUUGACAAUUGGAGUGUGUAGGAGUGAUACACAGAAGGUAGGGUGGAGGGGAAGUGCGUGAUGCCCAAGUCAGUAAUCCGCUUAUCACGAGUAGAUAACUGCUAUACAAGAGCCUCUCCUUCCUAUAUACUUGCCUGGACCAUUGUUAUUAUAUUACUUCAUAUUUGACAGAAUUAUGUGUGUUUUGGUGACUUUUUAUAUUGGAUGACACUUUGUGAUGACCAACAUAUAAUGAUAAUUUCUAAGAAAAAAAGCCCUAGGACCAAGGUUUCAUAUAAUGGCUUAGUGACCGUCUUACGUAGAAGCAUGCAUAUCCGAGAUAUGAUAUACAUGUCAAACGGGCUUUUGUCUUCAAACCCUUCUUUAAAACUCCCACUUCAAAAUUAUAUAAGAGAUAUACUGAUUUAAUACCGGACACACCGUCCGGACGUCUAUUAGACUACGAGCAGUCUGUCUUUUUCCUUGGUCCGUCGAGCAAAACGCCCGAGACACGCAAAUGACCACGCGCGGCUGCCGCCCUCGUUUCUUGCGUCUCGCGGCUUCGCCGCUCAACGCUCGCGCGUGCGUGCACUCCCCUUACUAAAUCUGAAGAAAAAGAGAGACUGCUCGCAGUCUAGACGUCUAUGUAUUUCUUAUUAAAAUUUGGAGUCUUUGAAUGGCUCUAUCUCGUUCAAUAUAGGCCCGAUAAACACCAAACUUGAGAAUGUUCCUAACAUCAAUGUGCUCUUUCUGACUAUGUGGGACUCGUGUUGCUUAUCCCAUAAUAAACGUACUCGACCCAGCCCCUCUCGCUUUGAAUUUAGGCAAUUAUCCUCAUAUUACUCUCGUGUAGCUAAAAUCCCUCUUAAUUGAAAGGAGCUGCUUGGAACCUAUAAACGUGGCAAAUCUCUUUGUUAAACAAGAAGCUCUUGGUCUGGAGAUUAAACAAAACGUAAAACUUCCUGCUUUUUUUUGUACAGUAGCUAAUCUAAAAAAUCGCUUUCAGUUACUUAUAGGUCUGGGAUCACCUUACGAAGAAGCUUUGGCUUUAGAAGCGAUAUCAAACGGAUGUAUCUUCAUUAAUCCUAAAGUAAGAAGCUUUAAUUUGCCGUUGUCAUUUUUCGCCUUAAGUUUUUCCGAUAGCAGCUUCCGUUUUUUUGAGAUAUGCUCUUCAUUUAUCUGUCGAAAAGUAUAUGACACAAGUGGCGCUUAUUCUGAAUUUUCUAAAAGAAGGACCCUGGCCAGUUUACCUUCAUCUUUCACUUAAGAGUGUUUUUCGCGGAUUAGAUGACUACAAGUGAUACGUGAAAUCGUCUAGACCAUGAUUUUACAGCCGAAAGCUCACAGGUACCGACGAGGAGGCAAUGGGUAUUCAUUCUUUUUUUCGCGUAGUGUAAAUAGGAGAACCAACAGCCGAUGAAAAUGCUUUAAAAAAAAUACAUAAGAAAUGUUAAUUGAAAUAUACUGUUCCGGACGUUAAGAUAGUGUUAGCGGCGCAAAGAAAAGAGAGCAAGAAAAAGCAAUGAGGGGUGGGGUAGUCUGUUCUCCAAUACCUAAACGCUUGUAAUAGGUUAAAGAAGUCUUUAGAAGCUACUGUAUUUGGUUACAGUACCUGAGUUUAUUUGAAUGAUUUCCUCUGAUAGAAUAUCACGUGAGAAGAAAAUUGAAAUGCCUUAAUAUUUAUUACCUUUUGUCAAGUUUUGUUCCUCGCUUUAUUCUGUUUUGAUCUAUCUCUGAACAGUUUUAUUCGAUUCUUUCAGUUUAAGCGUCCUAAAAAUCGGAUCAAUUGCAAAGCGCUUAAAGAUCUACCGUCAUCAAGAAACGUAAGUAUUUAGUCGAUUUCCUACUUACUGUGAAUUGGUUUGUGAAUACAGCCGGCCGCCUCUCGCCAUAGCUUAGUGUAGCCUUGCCCUCCCUCCCCCUCCCCCGUGAAGAAAAUUUGGGGGAGGGUAGGGUACCACCACACUGAGACUACUCUCCCUGGGCACGUUUUUCGAUAGAGACGUCUACUGAUUUAGAUAAUUACUAGGUACUUGCUAUAACCCUGCGUUCAGUUUAAAUCACUUUGAUCUUUUUCUUUCCCCAGUUAAGUUCGCAGCAUCCCUAUCUAGAGAAAUUUGUUGGAAAACCUUUUGUUUACACAGUUGACAUCUGGAAUAAGACGGAGGCGACGCAAACGCUUCAAGAAAUUUUAACGAAAAAGGUGAAACACUGCAUCUACUUUUCUUGUAAGUACCCCCAUCAUAACCGACUUUAUAACGUGUCACAUUCUAAACUGUUUUCUGUGGUUUAGGUCAUAUCGUAUGUCCCGUUUGAAUUUACUUGUGAGGGGAUGUUGGAGAGAUUAAACGCUUACAUCGAAAACCAGGUAAGAAGACGUAAGAACUCCGCACGUUUCCGAUGAGUGUUUUCCAGUUAUCUUUUUACUAGUACUUCUAGAGAAGUUUUAUGUUCUGGCGUUGCCUAGUUCCUCUACGGCGUUUUCCCAGUCCCUCUCGGUCAAUUCACUUCGGUGACGUAUCGAAGGCGAACGGGCAUUUGCUUAGAUCACGUGACCCGAAACGCUUUGGCCGCGCGGAAGAAUGAAGCCUAGGGACUAGGAAAGUUCUGGCGCAUUACUUUUUCUUCCUUUACUUGCUCCCAACACUUGAAAACUGCUGUCUUUUUGCUUCCCUGGUUAAUUAGAACUUCUGUGACAAGUCUUACCACUGGCCAGUUCAAAAUGAUGAACUUAACAUCACAAUGGCGCGUGCAGGAACAUCGUGCACUGAAGCGUGUUUUAAAGAAGGUAUCUGCCUAUUUAGAAUUAGCCUGCGAACAGCCUCCCAAGUGGAGUGGGGCGAAACAGAAAAUCGACGAGCCAAGCGAGCCGAGAGUGGCCUGGUGCGAGAAAACUCAGGCCCCCAGGCCUCCUCCAGGCCACGCUUUUUCGCCCCACUUCACUUUGGAGCCUUUCUGGGACUAAUAUACCGUAUUUAUUCGAUUAACCGCCCUGGGCGCUUAUUAAAUUUUUGAACCUUGAGAGUGGGUGCUUAUUCGAGGUGGGCGCUUAUGCGAGGCAGGGCGCUUAUUAAAUUUUCACCAUUUUCAGCAAGUGAAGUAUGUUUAUUUUGCAACAAAACAAUGAAUGCUUAUAACAAAACGCGAAGAAGUAACAAAGCAAGGUUUCUGCAAAAUACUCUGAAGAAAACUCCGUCCUCGGGGAAGUCUCUUAUUAGAAUUUAUUCACUCAAGUGGGUGGGGUGGGGGUGAGCGCUUAUUUGAGUUUGAUUGGGAGGAGGAGGGGGUGGGCGCUUAUUCGAGGCUGGGCGCUUAUUAACUUUUUCUGCCUUUAGGAUGGGCGCUUAUUCGAGGUGGGCGCUAAUUCGAGGUUGGGCGCUUAUUCGAAUAAAUACGGUAAAAUACAUUGUGGUUUACUUUCGUAACAAUCCAGCUAACCCAUGACCAUAAGCCUUGCACCAUCACUAGUCAAUUCACUGAGACGUGCUGCUAAGCACUAAAAUUAAUCGAAUAUCAAGAAAAGGAAAAUACUUAAGUUGCAAGUUGCAAGUUAAGAUAUAAAUUUAAGAGGAAGGUGUAUCAAAAAGUUAGAACAUUUAGUCGUUUGAGAUAUAAAGAGCAAGAGAAAACAAAAAAAGAAAAAAGAAACAUAUGGUUGAUUUAAGUGCGUGCUACCAAUGGGCGUUGGCUGAAAUUGUUUUUCAAUACACACCUACUACAAUCCUUGCCCGUCUUAAUUAUCUAAAAAGAUUUGUAUUUACUAUGGUAUUAAGUGACCACUCAAUAAUACACGUGCUUGCUAUUUGUUGUGCAGGUUUGACGUGUGAGCCAGAGUACUUCCAUCUCCUUAAUUCCAGGUACUGAAAACUUUCAUCAAGAAACUUGUAAACUUGUACUUCGUUUUUGUUUUCAGGUCUGUGGGAAAAUGCCUUACAAACAAUAAGUUGAUACACUUUACCCUAAAAGGCCUUUCUGACGUUUUGCCAACUUCAAACUGAGGGCAAAAUGAAGCUUUCCCUCCCCACUUCCCUAAAAACAAUGUUGCACCGCUGUUCAAACUACCUCAAGAAAGCAACAAACUGAGUGAGACUGGGUCUGUGUUGUGUCGAAUUGCACUAUGGGACUGUCUUUGGGACGCCUGUACUUCUUUUAUUUGCUAUUAUGAGAUUGCGUAGGAAUAGAAUAAACUGGGACAAUAGGGAGCUUAAGCAAAGACGCGGUUUUUGAGCGACGCUCGUCAACCGGAAAUGAGGUAUUUUGGCUUUUUAAAGGCAUAAUUAGCCUGCGGGCAAGCUCUCCUAUUUGGGCGAGCGAAGCGAGUCUCGCGAGAACGCGCGAGCGAGCGGGGAAGCCCCCUCGCUUGCGCGUUCUCGCGAGGCUUGCUUCGCUCGCCAAAUAGGAGAGCUUGCUCGUAGGCUACCAAAUGAGUGUUGUCAAAUGUCUUUGCUUUCGCGAUCGUCUAAAGAUUUGGGGAUAGCACUUUCCCAAGAAUGUCGGCAAAAAGCGCCCACUUACCGUUGACUUGUGUUGUUCAAAAACGUCUUCGCUUAAGCUCUCUAAUAUGCCUUUUCAGCACAGCCUUCAUAACGUUAGAUCAGUUUUAGAUAGCGAAUGCUUACAUUCCGACUUAACCUUGGCACAAGAAACUGAGCUUUAUCAGUGAUUUUGUGACAAAUAGUUAUGGUGUGUCCUAGGCCUCAUCUUGUGAAAAAUCAUGAGUUCCAGUCCAUAACCAAUGAGUCCCAGUUCAAAAAAAAACAAGGAGUCAUGCUUGGGCCUUUAUGUAACCAGACAGUUAAUCUGGAGGCAGACGCCAAAACUCUUAAUUACUGUUUACUGAAAUUAAAACAUAAUCCUUCUAUAUAUUUUAAGCACAAAAAAUACUAAAAUAAAUAGGCAUCUUUAAACAACAGCCACAAGAAUAUUCUACCAAAAAAUCUUCAAAUCUAUCGAUCGUUCUUUGCGUCCCAAGGAGAGCAUACCAUGAAUUAUUUUGCGUCUUUGGGGAUUUUUAUGCGUCAGGGACGCAGGACGCAGAGGUAACAAAAUCACUGCUUUAUUUUUCUUCCAGUAGCGUACCCAGUUGUACAGAAGUUGUAUCUGAAGAGAGCGUUACGGCUCCUGCCACUGAAGAAUCCACCUCAAGAUGUGUGUACCAAAAACAGCCUUUACUAUACAGUUGCACUGGUCAUGAUCCAAACUACAGGAGAUUCUGCCCUUGCAGACAUUACAGAGAAGGGCAAAUAGCGCUAUGUAGGAGCUGCUUUUGA